UCGUUCAUAGCAUUGCGGUUCGCGCGCCUCUACCGAAUUUAUUUCAACAUAUCUUUUGUAGUCAAAAUCUGCCAUUUUUUCCGCAAAUUUAAGUUGUGUUUAACUUGCAACCAUAGAGAACCUUUUAACGCUUUCAAAACGUAGGACGCUGAUAUAAAUCUAUUAUAAUGGGGCUAUUAGAUUUGUGCGAGGAAUAUUUUGACGAGCGAGAUAUCUACAAGCUGCUGGAGUUGGAAAAGUCGGCAUUACCAAAGGAUAUAAAAAAGGCAUAUUACAAGUUGUCUCUACAAGUUCAUCCAGACCGUGUUAAGGAUGACGAAAAAGCCAAUGCCACAGAAAAAUUCAAGGUAUUAUCGAAAAUCUACCAAGUUCUUUCUGACAAAGACAAGCGUGCUUUAUAUGAUGAACAAGGUGUUGUUGACGAUGAAGACGAUAUGUUAGAUGGAAAACUCAAGUCAUGGUUGGAUCUAUGGAGGCAGAUGUUCAAGCGAAUCACUGAGGAAGAUAUUUCUAAUUAUCAAAAGUCCUAUGUUGGUUCCGAAUUAGAGCGAAAUGAUAUGAAGAAGGCGUAUUUAUCGAGUAAGGGCUGUAUCAAUCAUAUGAUGAAUGAGGUGCCAUUCCUAAAUGUGGUGGAUGAACCGCGUUUGCAGAAGAUCAUACGAGAAAUGAUCGAUGCCGGUGAGGUGCCAGAAUAUAAAAUAUUUACCAAUGAGCCGGCUCAGAAACGACAGCGUCGCCACAAAAAGAUGGCGCGCGAAUUGAAAGAAGCAGAUGAGAUAAAACAAAAAAUGCAGAAUGAAAAUAAUCUGGAAAGGCAAAUUAUGGAGCGUAACAGGUCUCGCGAGUCGGACUACAAUUCACUUAUGGAUAGGCUAAUGGAAAAGUAUGGUGCAGAUGAUGACAGUUCGGAGGUGUUCGAAAUCCGUGGAAAGAAAUCCAAUUCUAAGAACACAUCAUCAAAAAAGAAAGCAACCGGAACUCCAUCGAAAGUGAAUGGCGUGAAAACUGGAAAAGUAAACAAAAAGCGCAAUUAAACAUGAAUCUAUCCUUAAAUUUAUUUAUUUUAUACGUGGGGGUUAUUUGUAUGCUUAGAUGCAUCGAUUUAAUUUGAAGCAAGCAGCGUAAUUAUAAUUUUUGAAUUUUUUCCACUUUUCGGCAUUAGAGGAAAUAUAAUACAAAUUGGAUUAA